AUGCCGAGCGCACCGCAGCGCAAGGGUCCACGCACAGAGGCUCAGCGCGCUCGUGCGCAAGAGCCUCAGGAAGACGUGCACAUGCUGUCGGACGAAGAUAUGGAGGGCGGCUUUGAAGAUCUCGAGGCCGAGGAUGGCAUGGACGGCGGCUUCGUCGACCUUGAGGCGGAAGAGGACGCCGAGGAGCCCGCUGAUUCGCCACCCAAGGUCCAAGCUCCGCCCGCGGGUUCGUCGCAUUACUCGCUCCCAUCGAACGAGGAGAUUCACGGGCUCAAAGAGACAGGCGACUUGUACCUGAACAAUGUGUUCAAGUUGCAGCUGGACGAAAUGCUCCAGCAUGUGCGCCCUCGCAUGGACCGAGCCAAGUCGCUCGAGCAGACACUGCGCAAGCUGCAGGCCCUGUUUGAAUCACUGCCAGAUAUUGACAUGCAACCUCUUAGUGCAGCCACAGAGACCCUCGAGCGCAUCGUCGGCCACGCCGUCGAGGUGCCCUGGGCCGAUCCCGUGCCGCGCGGUGAUCCCGCAUACUCUAUUGGCUUUGCCAAGCCAUCUGCGCUACACCUCAUUGGCAGCUGGCCCCUCAAGGCGGCCGCCCGCCGCCCAGGGGCCAUGGAUGUGGACAUGGAAGUCUGCAUGCCCUCGUCUCUGUUUCAAGAAAAGGAUACCAUGAACGCACGCUACUUUACCAAGCGAGCGUUCUAUCUAGCUGUCUUGGCCGAGUCGCUUCGACAGGCAGAGUCGUCGUUGCACCUGGACGUGGACUAUCUCGACCUGUACGGAGACCGCCGCUGCACAUGCCUCGUGCUGCGACCGCAGCCGGACGCGCACGAGUGGGCCUCCCUGCACGCAGUGAUUCGUGUGCAUGUGGCGCAUGCGUCUGGCACCUUUCCCAUCCAGCGACUUGCACCGGACCGUAACAGCUUGCGUGGUGCGCUCGUGGGUGCAACGGAAGGUGCUGAACUACCGGCUACACCUCUGUACAAUGCCUGUAUUUUGGCCGAUUCGAUGCGUCUUGCGCAUUUUGUCUACUUAAAUGCCACAGCCGAGAUGUGUGCCGCGUUCGCAGAGGCCUGUCAGCUGCUCAAGACGUGGGCGACCCAGCGUGGGUUUGGCUCGCUCCUCCUGUUUGGACACGAUGCUAAGAAACACGCCGCUCGUCGGGUCGUAGCCGGCACAGACGAUGCGCGCUUCGUACUUUCCAUGCUACUGGCUCACCUCCUGCACGGCGAGCCUAAAGGCUCGGCUACGCGCCACAAGCUUGCACCCGGUCUCUCGAGUGUGCAGCUGUUCCGCGGGACGCUGGACUACCUGUCAAAGCAGUCGUUUGCGACACCUGUGUUUAUGAAGGCCCAGCCGCGCUUCGGACUGGCGCCCUCCACGAUCCCCGCCACGGCCAUGGCAGCCUCAGAGCGCGCCUUUGUCGAUCCGAGCGGCAGUCUCAAUCUGCUCGCGCACUGGCCCGCCUCGUCCGUGGAUUUGUUGCAGCGCGAGGCUGCACAGACCAUGCGCAUGCUGAACGACAGCGACGACCAUUUUGCCACGCUGUUCCUUACGCCGCAGUCGAUCCUUGCGCAGCGCUUUGACGAGGUGGUGCUCUGUCACGUGCGAGACGACAUGGCCGACGUCGUGCGCCGCCUGGAUGCCGGCGGCGCGCGCGCGUGGGGCAUACGGCGCGCCCUGGACGUGGCUGCGCGUGCGCUGGGCCAGCGUGCCCAGGGCCUUGCCGUAUGUGCAGCGCCGUCGCAGGCCUACGCGCCAGGCGCUGCGCCUGCGCUGUCGCUGCACUUGGAGCUGGGUCUCCUGCUCGAUGCGGACCAUGCAUGGCACCAGGUGGAGCAUGGGCCACCGCCCGAGUCGCCGGAGGCUGCACAGUUCCGCGCCUUCUGGGGUGAUGCCGCCGAGCUGCGUCGCUUCCGAGAUGGCCGCGUGCUGGAAAGCGUCGUGUGGCCUGUGGCAUCACUGGCACAGCGCUAUGGACUGCCGCGCCACGUUCUGCGCCAUGCGUUUAUGCACCACCGUAUUGCAAAGAAGGUGCGGUGCAUGGGCGAGGGCUUUGCCGGCCUGGUCGAUAUGACACCCUCGCUGUCGUCGCGUGCCUAUCUCAAGGAUCCAGCGGUGCAUGGCUUCCAGCUCGUUCAGGCCGCUUACGACCAGCUAGUACGCGAGCUGCGCGCGAUGGAUGAGCUGCCGCUUUCCGUGAUGGGUGUGGCGCCCGUGGCGCCCGCGCUGCGCAGCAUGAGUCCUCUCGUACCGGGCCCGCUGCAUCUCGCCGAGCUUGGCGGCCAAGUGCCAGAUGUGGCCGCGUAUCUACCCCUACAAGCGCUCCUCUUGACCAUGGAGAGUUCCGGCCAGUGGCCAGAUGAUCUAGCCGCGAUCCAGGAGAUGAAGACGGCACUGUACGAGCGCAUGGCCGACGUACUAAUGAAACGCCUGCCUGGCUCUCUCGCGCGGGUCGUGUACGACAAUGAUGCUACGACGGGCGAGACAAUCCAGGACCAGACGGCGCUGCACCUCACGCUUGCGACGGGCUUUGCGUUCAGCCUGCGCAUCCACCACGACCGCGAGCAGACGCUGCUGGAGCGCCUUCUGCGUGACAAGAGUACGCGCGCCGUGGCGGCGCACGCCCUGCAGCGCUACCACGUGCGUUUCACCUACGCACCCGCACACCAUGCCGCACUGCAGGCGCUACAGGACCGGCACCCCGCACUCGGCAUGACGGUGCGCCUGGUGCGCCGUUGGUUCGCCGCGCAGCUCCUCUCGCCACAUGUGCCAGUGGAGGCCAUGGAGCUGCUCGCUGUGGCCGUAUUUGUGACGAACGCGCAUGCGGCGCCUGUGACGGGCGUGCAUGGCCUCGUGCGUGUGCUGCACCUGCUUGCUCACUGGGACUGGCGUGAGACGCCACUACUGAUCCCGCUGGAAAAUGCGACGCGCCUCGCACACCAGCGCAAAGCCGCGCUCAGUGAUGAGGGCAGCACGCUGCUCAAGGAGGCUGCACCGUCGUUCCCAGCGGCGCAGCGCGCCGAUGCAGAGCAGCAGUUUUCUGCGCAGCGCGCACGGGAUCCCGCGCUCAAACACCAUGCUUGGGUGCUCGCCACCGAGAUGGACAUUGGAUCCAAGGCGUGGACGCGCGACGCGCCGUCGGCGAUGGUCGCGGACGGUGUGCGUCAGCUUGCUUUGCGGGCUGUGCGCAUGCUCGAAGAGGUGCCUACGCGCCUUGCGCACAUCCGCGCUCUCUUUGCACCUGCCUACGAUGCAUACGACUUUGUCAUCCACAUUCGCCCGUCGGUGCACAUGCGGUACGCCGAGGCCCUCGCGCCCGAUGCCGGCGCCUGGCUGCAGCCGCGCAAAAAGCGCUCGUAUGCGAACCUGGAGGACGCGCCGCUCCGCCCCUCGGUAUAUGGCAGUGAGCCGCGCGCUGGCCUAGACCCCGUGGCCGAGUAUGUGCAGCUGCUUCAGCAACUGUACCCGGAUACCUUUACUCUGUUCUACGAUGAGCUGGGCGGCACGGCCAUUGGCGGCCUAUGGAACAGGGCCCUCGGCAAGCCUCACGCGUUCAAGGUCCUGCUGGGCCACUCAACUGCACCGCAUGCCAAGGGCGUCGUGCUGAAUCGCGCCGCUAUCCUCGCGGAAGUGCAGCGACUAGGGCAUGGCCUCAUCGACCGCGUGGAUGUCUUGUAG